AGCCAUAUACAUAAGCUCUUGCUUGGAGGUGCACCAAGUUCACAACCUCGAGUUUAACAAUCUUGAGGAAUCCAUAUGGUGCUCUGUAAGAUUGUCUAGUACUUCGAGGUGUCUAGUCGGAGUCAUUUACAGAAAGCCAACUGCCGACAUCGAGUACGAUAGUCGUAUACUGGAAGGACUAUCCCGCUCUAUCCGUCUCGGUUUCACACACAUCCUGAUUCUAGGGGACUUUAAUCUCCCUAGAGUCAACUUCGCGGAACACACGUACACUGGAGGCGACAACUCAAUUGAAGCUCGGUUCUACAACCUCAUCGAUGACUUGGGCUUAUAUGAAAACGUGAGGUCGGCAACUCGUUGGAGAAACAGUCAGACACCAUCGCGCUUAGACUGUGUAUUCACUAACGAAGAAUUCCUAGUCGACAACCUCUCAAUCCUGGCUCCUCUGGGAAAGAGCGAUCAUGCUGUCAUAGCCUUCAGUUUUGUCAUCAAAACUAAGCUAAGGUAUCCCAACAAUAAUUUGCGUUGGAAUUUUAAACGGCUGAAUGUCCCAGCUCUACAUGACUAUCUAUGUAACAGAAAGAGAACAGUAAAAAUCCCUCUGCAGCUUCUUUGUUGAACAGUAUUUUCAUUUAUUUGUUCCUUCUCCCUUUUGUGUAUUCCAACCUUUGUUUCGAUCUCGUUUAACCAUGUCUUUUGUUCUUCAGUCUCCCCCGUUUAAGCCUUUAUUAUGUGAUUUUGAUUAAAGACUUAUUUUUUGUUACCUAAUUUUCUAUUGCAUGUUGCCGGACCAUUGACAGUAAGGUUGUGUUUGACUAAGCUCAAGGUCACGGCGUGGUUCAUUUUGUGACUGUUAACCUUCUGACUGUCUGCUUGGGAGAAUUGCUGCAAUCCCUGCAGAUAGAUAUUUGAUCCCAUCUUAUUGGGAAUAUUUGUAUUGAUUCUCAGGCAUCAAACCCUUUAGUAUUAACUGUCUCUUUCAUUGUUUAGCGCGCUACUUUGCGUUAGAGAAACUUCUGACUGUAUAGCACAGGCUGUACCGUUUGAGGUAUUUUGUAUUUUUGAUGUAAUUUGUUCUGUUUUCUUAAUUAGAACCGUUUAUAUUGAGCACAGAGUUUGUGUUUUGAUAUAAUAUAAUACGAGUAUCUCAAAGACGCGUUGUGGGCUAUACAGAGGAACUUGGUCUGGUCUAAUCGAAUAAAUUUUGGGUUCGUCAGUCCGUUGUUCCAACCGGAUAUUGGCUGUUCGGUCGUUACAGUUCUCAAACGAACAGUAAUCUCAAUUGACAAAUUCUGGAAUGCCUGGAAAGCGCAAUAAGGUCAACGAAAACUUGGCGUUGGGCCACGGAGAAAUGCAAUCGGAUGCACCUCCAGAUGCACGGCAAGUCAAAUUAGAUGCAUUUUCAUGUCAUGGCUCUAAUGUUAGUUUAGUAAGUAGACGUAGUAAAGUUAGCUCUAGAAUUACCUUAGCAGAGUUGAAAGAGAGACAGUUAUCAGAAAUGAGAGACUUGAAAGAUAGGCAGAGGAAACAACUACUGUGCUUUCAGAGAGAGUUUGGGUCGUUAAGGCUGAACGAAAGCACGUGCAGUAAGUUGUCUUCUGAUUCUAACUGUGAUGACAGAGGAAAGGAGCACACUCACAGGUUUGUAAGUCCUUCUCAUGACCUUAGGACAAAGUCUCUAGAAAAGUCAAAAUUGCUAGAUUAUUCGGGAACGAAGAGGAAGGAAGUGACCUUGGAAUCUCUUAGUGUAGGUCUUGAACUUCCAAAGGUAGAGCUAAGUGCCUUUGAUGGACAACCAGCUAAAUACUGUAAAUUUAUUAGACAAUUUGAUUUAUAUGUGGUUUCCAAGGUUGAUGACGUUGGUCAACGGCUCAUGUACUUGUUGCAUUAUUGUAAAGGCAAGGCUCGAGAGGCCAUAGAGGAAUGCAUAAUGCUUCCACCGUCGUUGGGUUAUCGUAGGGCGUGCGAUAUAUUGAAACGGUUGUUCGGUAGAACACACGAAAUAUGUCGGGCUUUGAUGAAAGAUUUAACUGAAGGUCCUGAUAUUGCGCAUAAUGACGCAGAAAGUCUAUCUAGACUAGCGAUAAAGAUGGAAAACUAUUCUAUAACCUUAGAACAAAAUGGAUUAUUCAGCGGAUCUCAACUCCGUAGUGACAAUUGAAAGUAUAGUAAAGAAGUUGCCCACGGUUUUACAGAUGAGAUGGGCUGAGACAGUAGGAAAGGUAACAGCAAAUGGAAGAGAGCCUACUUUUGCUGAGUUAACAGAAUUUGUGUCAUCUAGAGCGGAAAUAUUGCUUAGCAGAUUCGGACAGAUUGCAACUGCUAGUAAACGAGUUGCAAGCAAGGUGGCCUGUUCCACACAAGGUCUGUCGUUCGGUAAAAUCGUUAGCAAGUCACCUUGUGUUAUAUGCGGGGAAACUCAUAGUGUGGAUAAAUGUUUCCAGUUUUCCACCUUAGCAGUCAACGAUAAGUGGGCGAAAGCAAAGGAAAAGGGCUUGUGUUAUUGUUGUCUUCGAAGGGGCCACAGAUCUGUGGAUUGUAAAGAUCGUGUUGUGUGUACUGUCGAAGGUUGUCGGGAUCGGCAUCACCCAUCGUUGCAUAAAACCAUCCGAGUUCAGAGUGGUUCGAGUGAGUGCUUAAAAGAAAGUCACUGUGGGUACACAGAGUCAUUAAAAGAGGAUGUGUUUCUGGGUCUGAUCCCUGUACGCCUUAGAGCUGGGGACAAGGAAGUUUCUGGAUAUGCGUUUCUAGACAAUGGCUCAGAUACGACCCUAAUCAAGUUAAGUACCGUACGACGUUUAGGAUUAUCGUCAGAUGGUGCGUCGAUUACCAUCAAAACGGUCAACGGAAAUAAGUUAAGCAGAUCGACCACUAAAGCCUUUAAAGCUUACUCAUUGAACGGAGACGAAUGUAUAAGUAUUGAACAGGCUGUUGUAGUAGAUGAGUUGCCAGUGCAUCGACCAAGAGUACCUGUGAAGGACAGCGCCAAGAAAUGGCCUCAUCUUACUGACUUGCCUUGGACAGAAUCAGUGGAUGGUGAAGUUAUGUUGCUUAUUGGUUGUGACGUGCCUGAAGCGCAUUGGGUCCUAGAUCAAAGAUUGGGUGGAAGAAAAAGUCCAUAUGCUAUUAGGACACUUCUAGGAUGGGUUCUGUUUGGACCGGCAGGCUUUAGCAAAAACAGCAAAAGGAUGGUAAAUUAUAUUUCUCAGUCUGACAACCCUGUAGAGCAGUUAAAGGAAAUAUAUAACUACGAAUUUGCUGACGUGCACUCCUCCGAUAAAGCAUUAUCUUUAAAUGACUUGAAAGCAGUUGGCAUAGUGGAGCGCGACACUUAUUUUGACGAGGGUCAUUGGAUUGUCCCUUUACCUUGGAGGGUGGAGAGAAAUGUAGUCUUUGGUAGCUAUGAUCUAGCUAGACGAAGAUUAGAAAGUCUAAGACGUAGACUCACAUGCAAUAAAGACUUUUGGGAAAGCUACACUUGUUCCAUGCAGCAGACGAUUGACAAAGGGUACGCGGUUGUGGUUCCAGGUAUGCAACUCGAUCCGGGUUAUCGUCCAAAAUGGUACUUGCCCCAUCAUGCAGUGAUUAACCCCAGAAAACCAAGCAGAGUGAGAGUGGUAUUGGAUUGUGCUGCUAAGGUGGCUGGUAAAUCCUUGAAUGACCUUCUUUACCAAGGUCCAGAUACUACAGCAAGUUUAGUUGGGAUCCUGUUACGUUUCCGCGGAUGUGGAAGAAAUGUUCAUGCAAGUAAAGGUCUCGAAGCCCGAUUGUGGAGCGCUACGUUUCCUUUGGUGGCCGAAGGGUGAUAUCGAGAAGGAACCGGUGGAGUAUCAGAUGACAUCACAUCCCUUCGGGGCAAUAUCCUCACCCUUCUGUGCAAACUUUGCAUUGAUGAAGACGGCUCAAAGGUUCUCUAGUGACUAUGAUAACAGCGUAGGGGAAUCGGUACUGAACAACUUUUAUGUGGAUGAUUGCCUAGUAUCUUUUCCCAAUGAUGAAGAGGCGAAAAGUUUUGUGGUACAACUAAAUGAAUUGAUGGCUCGAGGAGGUUUCAAGUUGAAAAAAUGGGUGACUAACUCGGAAAUUGUAAGGAAAGUUUUUCCGCAAUCUAAUAGUAUGGAAGCUAUUGUUGAUAUGUCUCUGAAUCAAGGGCGGACACAUCGAGCCCUCGGGAUUGAAUGGGACACCACACACGAUGUUUUUAAUUUUCGUUUUGAUCCAGGAGAAAAAACUCCGACUAGGAGAGGAAUACUAUCCACCAUUUUAUCUCUUUUCGAUCCACUGGGACUGAUAGCUCCAAUAUACCUUCCUGCCAAACAACUCUUACAGAAUCUUUGUAAAACGCGUAUCGGUUGGGACCAGCCUCCGAGUGAUAGUGUUAUGUCCUCGUGGAACGAAUGGGUCACGUUUGUGCGGAGGCUCGGAACGAUCAGUGUUCCUCGAAGCAUUAUAAAUGAAAACAGAAAGAACUUUAAGGCGAUUGAGCUGCAUUUAUUUUGUGACGCCUCUGAAUCUGGUUACGGUGCGGUAGCUCACUCGUGGAACAUCCCUAAGCACCAAGCACCAUACAGCGUUCUACUCUAUAGUAAGUCUAGAGUGGCACCUAUAAAACAGGUGACUGUGCCUAGACUGGAACUAGCAGCGGCAGUAUUGAGUGCUAGAAUAGGGGAAGUUUUAAAUAGGAACCUUCCUCAGGUGUUUGACAAGAUUCACUUCUGGACGGAUUCUAUGAUAGUACUGUACUAUAUAAAAAAUACAGAUAGUAGGUAUUCCACCUUCGUGGCUAAUCGCCUGGCCGCUAUUCAUCAUUUAACAUCUGUGGACCAGUGGGGGCACGUAGAGUCCAAUGAAAAUCCUGCUGACUGGACAUCACGAGGCAUACGGAAGGAGCUAGAUUUAAAGAACUGGAUUGAGGGUCCUUCCUUCUUAAGGAAGAGGGAGUCUGUAGGAACACUAACGCUUAUAUGCGAAAACCCCCCAGAAAAUGUUGAAUUUAAAAGAUGUCACACGACCAACGCAGUUGCGCUAAAACAUAGCUUAAGUCCAAUUCUGCUAUAUCACUCAAAUUGGAUAAAGCUGAUUAAAGCGGUAGCAUGGCUCAGAAGAUACGUGACCUAUAUAACCAUCAUGUACUCCCAUCACAAGGACAGGUCCCUAAGUGUGGGCUAUCUGUCAGUUGAUGAAUUGGAUGCAGCUAAACACAAGAUAUUAGCCUUAGUGCAAAAGGAAGUGUAUGGGGAAGCAGUAAAAGUGUCUCGAUGCAAUGGCGUAAGCGCAACUGAUAUAAAAGAGCUAAAAAAUCUUUCACCUACGCUAAUCGAUGGAUUGCUUUGUGUCGGCGGACGAUUAAAUUACUCGGAUUAUCCACUCUCAAUCAGACAUCCGGUAAUUUUACCCAGUCAUCACUCCGUAACAGAACUUAUUAUUAGACACCAUCACCACCUAGAAGGUCACACCGGGACAUCACAAGUGUUAGCUACCAUACGAAGAAAUUAUUGGAUUGUUAAAGGAACCAGUGCAGUUAAACGAGUGAUAGGUAGAUGUGUGAGGUGUAUACGCGCGAAAGCCACAUUAGGCCAACAGAUGAUGGCACCUCUCCCCAAGUGUCGAGUGCAGCAAGGCUGGUUUUGCCUCUCCUCCGUCGGGAUAGACUAUUUUGGGCCGUUGAUAGUUCGUCGGGGAAGAAGUGAGGAAAAAAGAUAUGGAUGCCUAUUUACGUGUCUCCAAACACGUGCCGUACAUUUGGAAGUAGCUUUCAAUUUGAGUACUGAUGCUUUUAUAAUGGCCUUAAUACGUUUCAUAGGGAGGAGAGGAACUCCUAAGGAAAUCUAUAGCGACAAUGGAACUAACUUUGUCGGGGCUACUUCCGAAUUACGGGCUAAUAUGAGUGUGUGGGACAAGCAUAAAAUAAACGACUUAACAGUAUCGAAGGGUAUACACUGGCAUUUCAACCCCCACUAGCUAGCCAUCGAGGCGGAGUUUGGGAGAGAUUAAUACGGUCUGUUAGGAGGAUCUUACUAUCUAUUUCCAACGGGCAAAUAUUACACGAUGAUAGUUUGGCAACUUAUUUUGUGGAGGUAGAACGAAUUUUAAGCAACCGCCCAAUCGUUCCUGUGACGUCAGAUGAAAAGGAUGAUUUGGCGCUCACGCCAAACACUUUGUUAUUACUAAGAGACUGUGAUGGUUUAGGAGUGGAGUGUAGUGUUGCGGAUAGGUAUUCAAAGCGAUGGAGACAGGUCAAUUGUUUAGCCAAUACCUUCUGGCGUCGAUGGAUAAAAGAGUACAUUCCUUUACUGCAAGUGAGGCAGAAAUGGUUUUGCAAACACAGAAACUUAAAAGAAGGCGAUGUAGUUCUAGUGGCUAACGAUGCAACUACUCGGGGUUCAUGGCCAAUGGGACGGGUUGAUAAGUGCGAGACAGAUAGAGAUGGAUUGGUAAGAACAGUGAUGGUGCGAAUGAGAGAAGGUGUAGUAAGAAGAGAUGUGCGAAAGCUCUGCCUUCUAGAGGGAGCCGAGUAAUUGUAGAUUGUAGCUUAGGCUUAUGGAUGUACAGGCGUACUGUUGUAAGUCCUGUGCCUCCCAUUGAUAUAGAGCAGUUAGUAAGGAGAGCCAUGACAGAAAUGUAUUCUAAGGUGUCUUUGCGUAGCUGGAGGGAUUUUGGGGGCCGGUGUAACAGAAAGAGAACAGUAAAAAUCCCUCUGCAGCUUCUUUGUUGAACAGUAUUUUCAUUUAUUUGUUCCUUCUCCCUUUUGUGUAUUCCAACCUUUGUUUCGAUCUCGUUUAACCAUGUCUUUUGUUCUUCAGUCUCCCCCGUUUAAGCCUUUAUUAUGUGAUUUUGAUUAAAGACUUAUUUUUUGUUACCUAAUUUUCUAUUGCAUGUUGCCGGACCAUUGACAGUAAGGUUGUGUUUGACUAAGCUCAAGGUCACGGCGUGGUUCAUUUUGUGACUGUUAACCUUCUGACUGUCUGCUUGGGAGAAUUGCUGCAAUCCCUGCAGAUAGAUAUUUGAUCCCAUCUUAUUGGGAAUAUUUGUAUUGAUUCUCAGGCAUCAAACCCUUUAGUAUUAACUGUCUCUUUCAUUGUUUAGCGCGCUACUUUGCGUUAGAGAAACUUCUGACUGUAUAGCACAGGCUGUACCGUUUGAGGUAUUUUGUAUUUUUGAUGUAAUUUGUUCUGUUUUCUUAAUUAGAACCGUUUAUAUUGAGCACAGAGUUUGUGUUUUGAUAUAAUAUAAUACGAGUAUCUCAAAGACGCGUUGUGGGCUAUACAGAGGAACUUGGUCUGGUCUAAUCGAAUAAAUUUUGGGUUCGUCAGUCCGUUGUUCCAACCGGAUAUUGGCUGUUCGGUCGUUACAAUCUACAACAGGUGGUUUGGGAUGUUCACCCUCAACUCGAUGUGGAUGGUCAUUGGGACUUCUUACUGCACACGCUCUUAUGUGCUACAGACCAUUCAGUUCCUCAAACGGUUCCCAAAAGCUGCAAGCCACCUACAGUAAUCAAGAACCGUACCCUUCGCCUGCUAAGCCGCAAAAGGCACUGCUGGGCGGAAUACAAACGAACUAAUAACGAUGGAGCGUAUAGGCAAUAUAAACAUAUCAGGAACAUAUGCACGAAGGCUAUAAGAGAAGACAGGCUUCAGUACCAAACAAAGCUUAUGGACAAAUUCGCCUCUAACCCUAGAAGCUUAUUCCGUUAUGCAGCCUCUCUUCGUCAAGCCAAAACAGGAGUUUCUCAACUGGUAGGUCUUAACGGCCCGACGAACAAUGAUGGCGACGCCGCUAACCUUCUGGCGGCACAUUACUCUCAAACAUUUCAACCGGCUGACAUCAACUUUACUGACGACAGUUUCAUCUGCAAUUCCACAGGACUUUCUGAAGUAGACCUAAGCGCUGACUUGGUGUUCCGGAAAUUGCAGCACAUGAGACUAGACACUUCUCCUGGCUUGGAUACGGAUCAUCCUGCCAUACUGAGGGAGGCAGCCUCAAUCCUGGCAACGCCGCUCAGCGUGAUGUUUUCUCACUCGCUUAGCCGAGGCAAAUUACCGGAAAAUUGGAAGUUGGCUCACAUCACACCAAUUUUCAAAGGUGGUCGACGCAAUGAACCUUCAAGUUAUCGGCCGGUGGCUCUUCUGUCAUUACCU